UGAAUGGGGUAAUUUGUAUUGCAUUAGAAAUUAUCUACCAAGAAAAAUUAAAAAAGAUUCAAAGCGGUAAGAAAAAGUCUAAAAGCAUAUAGUGGAUACAAAUUAUUAAGUAUUAAUUCGCAAAUAAAAUAUCAAAAAGAAAUUUUACUGCUAACGCGUAAAGUUGCAGCUGCAGCUGUCGAGCAGCGACAUGUGCCAAAAGAAAACAAAACUUAUUCCCAGUAACGUGUGAUGGGUGUAAGAAAGGGGUGAUGGGAUGUUUUGUCGGGUUAAUUUACGACCUUUGGGUUCCCUUGGAAAUUUAUUGAACUCUGUUUUUGUAUCGUAGUGGUUGAACUGGAGUAACCGAUGCGACUUAUAGCCACAGGCGAGGCCACAGGUCGAAGAACGAAGAGUUUUACCGACAGAAAACAGUCGAGCAACGUUCGAACAGUUCACACAGUUUCGAAAGUAUCCUGUUGGUUGCGCAUGGACCAAGCUGUCAAAGACAGAUUGCAUUCCAGCGUCGGGCCAAAACACGAUUGAUUUAAUCAAAAAUAUUAGUUCAACUUUAAUUAACGAUCAUGGUUUUGGAAGAAGUUGGAAAAUUGUUACUAGAAUUGGAGAAAGCAGAGUUGGAGGCACCUGGGGGUGGAGCAACUGCUCAGACUUACACUCAACUAUUAGCCGUAUAUCUUUAUCAAAAUGACCUCUGCAAUGCAAAAUUUCUUUGGAAACGAAUACCUGCGAAUGUAAAAUCAUUUAGUACGGAACUUCAGCAAGUCUGGUUAGUGGGACAGCGAAUGUGGCAACGAGAUUGGGCCGCAGUCCACACCGCGUUAAACGUGGAAUGGAGCGAAGAUAUAAGCAGCAUAAUGAACGCUCUAAAAGUUAGCGUCAGAGAUAGAGCGAUACAUUUGAUAUCCGAAGCUUAUUCCUCGCUAACUUUGACGACCUUAGCUACCAUGACUGGCCUCUCAGUUAGCGAUGCUCAAUCAGCCGCCGUUGAAAAGGGUUGGAUAAUUGACGGGGACAUGGUGGAACCGAAGAGAAUAGACAAAGAACAAUCUAUGCCUCAUACCAAUCUUACGGAAGAUCAACUUUAUAAACUUACUCAGUUUGUAUCGUUCUUGGAAAAUUAAAAAUCUCCGACAACCAAUGCAAUGAACUCGAAGAGGUUUUUGUUCUAUUAGUAAUGUUGACAUUGUUUUACCUCAUUUUUGUUAUUUCACAACGAUAAUAAUUAAUAAAUAAUACCUAAAAA